CCCAAUACGCCCACUGGUCGUCUUCUCCCCUACCUGACUACCUCGCGCCCUCCUAGAUCACAGCACCACCAUCACGGCCUCGACGUCGCCGCAGACCUCUCCGGCGAUCCCGCCUCCGCCAACAGUCCCGGUGAAGGCGUGCCACCCGCCACGUAGAGCCAGCUCGCGCUCCCAUUCCACUCCCAUAGCCACACAAUUCGCCUGGUCUGCCACACGGACCAGCUCGGCUCGAUCCGCUAGGGUUUUGGCGCGAUGGAUCCGCUCCGGAGCUACCUGGGGCGGCUCCUCCUCGAGGAUAUCACCCCGGUGGUGAUGGUGCUGACCACCCCGCUCGCCGAGGCCGCGUGCCGCAGGAGCGGCCUCAGCUUCGUGGACAUGCUCUCCCCAUUCUCUCUCUUCAAAAAAAUCGACGUGCCCGUGCGUACAGCGAGUGACCAGCCGUACAGGCUGCAAAUGUUUAAGAUUCGGAUGGUGUACGCUUCGGACAUCCAUAAGCAGGAUCAUGAGGUGGCGGAUGAGAGAAUUAAGCUGGUUGUUUCCGAGGCCAACGAGAAGACCCUUCCAGAUUUGCUUGCAGACCCGCCACAGCUGGAAGAUGUAGUCAACAAACCUGAAGCUGAGUUGUGCCCAUUGUGGACUAAGAGAUUCAACAGAGAGCUAAUUCGGACACUCUCCUUUUCAGAUCAUGAAACCUUUGACCACCCUGUGGCAUGUCUUUUGGUUGUAUCGUCGAAGGACAAAGAGCCAAUCAGUAAAUUCGCUGAUCUGUUUAACACGAAUCAGUUGCCUUCACUUUUAAAUGAAGGCAUAAUGGACCCCCAGAUUCUAAAGCACUAUCUUGUACUUCAUGACCAACAAGAUGGACCACAAGAGAUAGCUGUGAACAUUUUAGCGGAAAUGAGGAGCACCCUUGGUUUGAAUGACUGUAAAUUGUUGUGUAUAAACUCUUCUGCACAGGCACAUGGUAGUGAUGCUGAUAAUUCGUGGUUACCUUAUAAAGCUCAUGGCUUACACAAUCAUGAAGGAGCUUGUUUCCUUAACACGGAUGAUUUGAAUGAGAUAAAGGAUUUCAUGCAAGAUUUUGCUUCUAAUCAUAUCAUUCCCUAUAUGGAGCAAAAGAUUCGUGUACUCAAUCAGCAGGUAGCCACAACAAGAAAGGGCUUCAGAAAUCAGAUAAAGAACUUGUGGUGGAGAAAGAGAGAUGAUGUCCCAGAAGCUGCAAAUGGUCCAAUGUAUACAUUCACCUCCAUAGAGUCGCAGAUUAGAGUUCUUGGUGACUAUGCUUUCAUGUUACGGGACUACGAGCUUGCUUUGUCCAAUUAUAGAUUACUUUCGACAGAUUAUAAGCUUGAUAAAGCAUGGAAGCGUUUUGCUGGUGUUCAGGAAAUGAGUGGACUUUGCUAUUUCAUGUUGGAUCAGUCAAGGAAGGAUGCAGAAUAUUGCAUGGAAAAUGCCUUCAGUACAUAUCUGAGAAUUGGAUCGUCUGGACAGAGAAAUGCUACUAGAUGUGGCCUUUGGUGGGCAGAAAUGCUUACAACAAGAGGACAGCACAGGGAAGCAUCAAGUGUGUAUUUCCGCAUAUCAAAUGAGGAACCUUCUUUGCAUUCUGCUGUACUGCUUGAGCAAGCUGCUUGCUGCUAUUUAUUGUCAAGUCCACGGAUGCUUAGGAAGUACGGAUUUCACCUAAUCUUAGCUGGCAAUAGUUAUUACUUGUCUGAUCAGAAACAACAUGCUGUUAGGGCAUACAGAAAUGCUCUUUUUGUCUACAAACAAAAUCCUUGGAGUUACAUUAACAAUCAUGUACAUUAUAACGUUGGGAGGUGGUACGGAGUCCUUGGGAUAUUUGAUGUAGCAAUCAAGCACUUGCUCGAGGUCGUUGCUUGUAGCCAUCAGUCACUAACGACACAAAGCAUGUUCCUCAAUGAUUUUUUCCAUUUUGUUCAGAGUACCGGGAAAAAAUUUGACGUAUACAAGCUUCAACUUCCUGUUUUCAACAUGUCAUCACUCAGAGUUGUACAUGAAGAUCAUCGCACUUACGCAUCAAAUGCAGAUGUUGAUGUUAGUGAAAGCAUUUGGCAGGAGCUGGAGGAAGAAAUGAUCCCAUCAUCAUCUGUUGUUAGAACUAACUGGCUGGAUACUCAGCCAAAAUCUUCCCCUUUUAAGAAUAACAAGGCCUCUGUUUGUGUUGCUGGAGAAGCAGUAAAAUUGAACGUCGAGGUUAAGAAUCCUUUACAAAUUUCUGUGAAUGUUUCUGGCAUCUCACUUAUAUGCCAGCUUUCCACCACCAUGGACGCUUCAAGUGCGGAGAAAGGUACAUUGUCAGCAGCUACUGAGGAAGACAUAGCUACCACAAAGCCCUCUAUUUUGACAUUCAAAAGCGAUGAGAACAAUUUCACAGUAUCAAGUCUUGACAUUGUAUUAGGAGGGGGUGAAACUAAAAGAAUACAACUUGAAGUGACUCCAAAAGUUAUAGGUAUUCUGAAGUUAGUUGGGAUAAGGUGGACGCUAUCAGAUUCAGUAGUAGGCUAUCAAUACUUUGAAGUGUCCACACAAAAGAAAACCAAGAAAGGGAAAAGAGGGGCCCAUCGAUCUUUGAACAACAUCCUGAUUGUAAUCAAGGCUUUACCUAAACUUACAGGAUAUAUUGACUGCUUGCCAACAAAAGCAUUUACUGGUGAUCUACAGCUUCUGACGCUGAAUCUGAGAAACCAAUCAGAACAUGCUGUGAAGAAUGUUAAAAUGAAAAUUAGCCACCCAAGGUUUGUAAUUCCUGGUGGUUCAUCAGAUCUUGACCUUGAGUUCCCACAGUGCUUAAGAAAGCAUGUGCAAUCAGACAGCAAUGUUGUAUCAUCUAAAAGUACCAAAGAAAAAUUCAAAGGUUUCCUGUUUGCAUUUCCUCAGGAUAUUAAAAUUCAAGGUGGAGCCACAUUCUCUUGGCCUAUUUGGUUUCAUGCUGCUACUCCUGGCAACUUGUCUCUUUAUUUGUCUCUCUAUUAUGAAAUGGAGAGUACCACUGACAUUCCAUACCGCACGUUGCGCACACAUUACAAUGUGGAGGUUUUGCCAUCACUUGAUGUAUCAUUUGCUGUAAGUAUGUGCUCAUCAAGAUUGCAAGAGUACAUUGUGCGGAUGGACAUCAUGAACAGGACACUGUCAGAGUCAUUUGCACUCCAUCAGUUGUCAUGUGUCGGCACUAAAUGGGCAGUUUCAACAUUGCCCUCUUGUGAUUCCAUCAGCCUUGUCGAAACAAUACCAGCAAACCAGUCUGUGUCUUGCUUCUUCAAGAUAAAGGACAUAGGGACUAAUUCAUGUGCUGAGGCUGCAGACGGUUCCUGUGGAAGUGAUAUGGUUUUAUCUCCUGGAGGUAGUACUGAUGUGUUUCAUAUUUCUCAGUCUCCUAUCGCUGAUUUCCACUAUCAAGAAAGAUAUCAUCAGGGGAAAUUAGCUAAGGGGCCAUCCAGCCUACUUGAUUUUAUUCUGAUUGCAAAGGCAGUAGCUGCUAAUUCUUCCAAGUCAGAACAGCUACUUUCUCAUCAUACAUGCCAAGUUGCUCUCAGCCAGAAUCCUAUUUGGUGGCUUAUGGAAGGACCUCGAACGAUUACUCAUGAUUUCUCAAAGUCUUGCUGUGAGGCUAACAUCCAACUGGUGAUUCACAAUUCUUCAGAACAUAACAUUUCCUUGGGAGUGGUUACAUCCGAUGGUACGCUGGAGAAAAACCAAACUAUCCCAUCACAUGAAUCUGCCAGUGGUCCGGGUGGAUGGUACGAUGUAUCGCUGGAAAAUGACGUUAAGGCCAUCACAAGCAUGAAAGGGACACAUCCUCAGAAACAAUCAUCAGAAAGCAUUUCACCAUUUGUUUGGUGUUCAUUGAGUUCCGCUCAAGUUGACCUCAAACCUAACAGUUCUGCUAAAAUCCCUCUAAAAGUGUGCAUAUUUGCACCUGGAACAUACAAUUUUUCAAAUUAUGAGCUGCAUUGGAAAGUACAUCCAUCUGAGGCCGGGCAAGUGGAUGAUAAUGGGAGAUCAGGCGUUGGCCAAGGCUAUCCGUUCUAUGUUACUGUUCUUCAAGGUGCUCGAUGAAUUACAAUGAUGAGCAGAAAAGCAACCUUCUUAUGAAGCUCAGCACAUAAAAACUCCCAUGUAGUUCAGUGCAGAAGGCCGGCUUGUGGUGGCUCAGUGAAGAUGUAAGAUCCCACCAACCCGAACUAGUGGGGGCAGAGUGAAUAUGUACCCCUAUAAGUUCCCAGAUCAAGUAUAGAACACAAAUAUACACGGAUUUUCUUAUCAGGCAUUUAUACAAGUCCUUUUUUAGGAUGAUUCAGAAGGAAAUUCAGGUGAUUAGAUGUAUACCGUUGUUGUCAGUGAAAUUGGGGUGUGAGGAAGGAUACGGACAGUUGUCAAGUUGUUGUUGCUGUAGCCUGUAGGUUCUUGUACAUCCUUUCAUUAUUUAUUCUGUGAGGAGAAUAGGCAAUUUUCUUGAAACAUUGCUUGGCUAAUGUUAUGUUGAUGCCAUAUCAGAUCGGGAUUUUUGUCUUACAUUGGUAGAUCGAGUUCCUGUCUGCCAGGGGUAUUCUUUUGUGUAGUGGAUAUCGCCCUAUUUGUUGGCAGACAUGAUGGACAGUAGUAUCAUUUUUUGCUCUAUUAAGCCAUAAUCACAAUUUUGUUACGUACAUCAA